AGUCUAGCAAUAUUGUCAGCUUGGACGGUAGUAGCUCAAUUGUGUUAGCAGAUACACUUAUAAUUGUAUUAAGUUUUACUUUUAAUAAAUUUAAAACAAAAUUGUAAAAAUAAUCGUUAUGAUGAUUUUGGAUUCUUUGCUUGGAAUAUUGGCCGUGUUGUUGUUCUAUUUUCUGUGGUCAAGGAGACGGUUUUACUAUCUGUUUUAUAAAAUGCCUGGACCUCCUGGAUAUCCAAUAAUCGGAAUGGCACAUAAAUUAACAAAGCGUGAAGAAAUUCUCUCUGUAUUUUUAAAAAUGGAAAGAAUAUACGGUCGUAAAUUUGUCUCCUGGCUUGGUCCGUUUCCAUUUCUAGUAAUUGCAGAGCCAGAACUAGCUGAAACAAUUCUAACAUCUCCUGAUUGCAUAAACAAAGCGUUUAUUUAUGAUGCUUUAGAUGAUGGCACGGGAAGGGGGCUUUUUAGUUUAAAAAGUCCUCAAUGGAAUCAUCAUAGAAAACUCCUCAAUCCAGCAUUUAGCCACAAAGUUCUUUUGAGUUUUCUUCCAAUUUUCAAUCGAGAAGCUGAUAAUUUGAAUUUUGAUCUAAAUGAAGUUGUUGGUGCUGGAGAAGUGGAUAUAUCAUCAAUUAUACAAAAAUGCACAUUAAAUGUUGCAGCUCAAACCACAAUGGGUCGUCAAAUGGCAAGUGUUAAAGAUCACAACAAGGAUUUGCUUCCAUGUUUUCAGAGUAUUUUAGAAACAAUGACAAGCAUGUUGUUUUCACCAUGGCUUCGGAAUAAGUUUUUCCUUCAAAUGGCUAGUCACUAUCCCUUAUACCUAAAAUCGAAGAACACCUUAAGGAGUUUUAUACAAAAUUUAAUCAGUGAAAAACUGUCUCAAAAAGAGGCAGAUAUGAACAGAAAUUCCCUCUCAGAUCCUGAAUUAGAAAUAGAUAUUAAGAAAAAUCCUAAUAUUUUUAUUGAUCGAGCUAUUGAUUUGGUCAAAACAGGAGAUUUUACUUGGAAGGAAGUUGAAGAUGAAUCCAAUGUAAUAGUUUUCGGGGCCUUUGAAACAACAUCGAACACAGUUGGGUAUACCCUAAUGCUGCUUGCAAUGUUUCCCAAAUAUCAAGAGAAAGUUUACGAUGAGGCUCAGUCCAUAUUUCAAUCUAAAGGAUCGGAUACGGACUUAACCUAUGAAGAUACCCAACAAAUGACUUACAUGGAUAUGGUACUUAACGAAACUAUGCGCGUAAUGGCCCCUGUUCCGGUUAUCGCUAGAGAAACAAUGCGUGACGUAACACUUUCGAAUGGGAUUGUAUUACCUAAGGGGUUGCAAAUUGCCAUUGAUAUAUUUAAUAUGCAUCGUGACCCAGAAUAUUGGGGGACGGAUUCAACAAUUUUUAAUCCAGAUAAUUUUCUACCCGCAAAUAUGGUGGGAAAACAUCCCUAUUCGUUUAUUCCCUUUACAAAAGGACUAAGAAACUGCAUUGGUUGGCGGUAUGCACUCAUUUCUUCAAAGAUAAUUUUGUCAAAACUUAUACGAAAAUAUCGCUUUACAACAAAAUUUGAUUUUCGAGAUUUACAAUUUGUUGAAGACAUUACAAUCAAACUCAGAAAAUAUCCUUUGUUGGAACUUCAUCUGCGUGAGCCUUGAGUUUUCUUAAACUCAUAAAUACCUACAAUAUCAUCAGUACUAAGUCAGAAAUAAUGUAUUUUAUGUAUUAUUUUUUAUUAUUGAACUAUGAUUGUUAUUUUGUGAUAUAUAUUUAGUUUUAAGGAAAAUUUAAGUUAUAUGUAAGAUUUAAUUUGUAAAUUUAUUCAUUGCUUGUAUUAUGAAAUAAAAGAAAUUAAUAUGAA